GAAGUAUGUACUAUAUAGUCUACUAUAAAGUUCAUGGGUCACUAAAGAGGAAGUAGGUGUCCUCUUGUCUGUGUGUACACGGCUGUCUGCAGACAGGUGGGUCCGCCGCGGUUCAGGGUCAGCGGCUCUGAGUUCAGCUCUGCCGCCCGUCCUGCACAUCAGCGGCAGCGGAGCGCAUUUCCUCUGAGGCGUGUCAGACUCCGGGGCUUCGCAGCUCUCUCUCUCCUCUGGGCUGCAGGACGGCAAGCUUUCCUGACAGGCGCUGGACUGCAUCAGUCUCCCGUGGAAAUAAACAAACAAACAAGUAAACAACAUGAGUUCGUACAGCAGUAGCACAUCGACCGCUGAGGACAUGAGCGACGAGCUGGAGACUUUGGGGUGGUACCACUCUGACUUGUCCCGCCACGCUGCAGAGGCACUUCUCUUGUCCAAUGGAAGUGAUGGAAGUUACCUCCUCCGAAACAGUAACGAGGGUCCCGGCUGCUUCGCCCUGUCUGUCAGGGCUAAGGACUCAGUCAAGCAUUUCCAUGUGAUGCGCAAGGACAGUGGUUAUGCCUUUGGUUUCAAUGAGUUUGCAUCCCUUCAAGACUUUGUCAACCACUUUGCCAACCAGCCUCUGCUAGGCAGUGACACAGGAACUCUUAUCGUCCUGAAAUGCCCGUAUCCUUGGCGCGUGGAGGAGCCAUCGAUCUACGAGUCUGUGCGAGUUCACACGGCCAUCCAGACAGGACGCACGGAAAACGAUCUUGUGGCGAAUGCACCAUCGCUGGGUACAAAGGAGGGCUACCUGGUGAAGCAAGGAGCCAUUGUGAAGAACUGGAAACAGAGGUGGUUCACACUCAACAGAUAUGAACUCAAAUACUUCAAAGACAAAAUGUGCGAGGAGCCCCUCCGCACCCUGGAUCUGAGGGCCUGCUCUGCAGUCCAGUUUGACUACUCUCAGGACCGAGUCAACUGUUUCUGUCUAGUGUUUCCUGAGAGGACGUUUUAUCUUUGUGCAAAGACGGGCGUUGAGGCGGACGAGUGGAUCAAGAUCCUGAGGUGGAAACUGUCACAGAUAAGAAAAGGUCGAUGACACAGGAGAAGCUCAACCUUCACUGAAGAAAACACACUGGAUGUGGAUGGAAAGUGACCAGCACAAUUUAAAGAAAAGAUUAAGAGCGACCAACACGAGGAGCAGUGUGGAACCAAUUUCCCUGUGGUAGCUGGACCAUCACAACGACCAUGUGACACUCCACUCUCUUUUAUGGUAUAUUUCUUUGUUUAAAAAAAAAAAAGUUUUGAUGAACUUCCUGCUGGACUUCGCACUGGAUCUUCCUCCUGGGCAACUGUCAAUAACCCUUAUAUUGACACAAUGUCAGGUAUUAACAUUUACUUACUGUUAAAGAAAAUGCCAAAAGCACUUCUGUGGCAGAGUGUAAUUUUUGUUUUAAUAAAUAAAAUGGGUACAUGAAGGAGUCACAGACCUUAUUAAUUUUAAAAAGAAAAGCAAGCAUGAGGAGGACGUACAAGACACUCAAUUGUUAGAAAAAAGCAUUACCAACACCACAAGUAACACAACAACAUAAUCAUUCUAAGAGGUGUGUGUGUGAUUGUGUCUGUGUCCAUGAUGCUGCAUUCAUGUCCUAUGUGAAAGACAGUAGAUACAAGCUUUGUAAAAAAAAAAAAAAAAAAAAAAAUCCCUUUAGCUUUUAAA